GGACAAGAUGGCGGAAGCUGAGGAGAGGGCGGGAGGAGGGGCGGCGGACAAGCCUCUGUUUGCAGGCCUGGCCGACGUGUCCAUAUCGGAAGAUGUCCCCGUGGAGGGGCAGAUCACCGUCCCCAUGGGGACCCACGGCCCGGAGGACGACUACUCCACGCUGGACGAGCCCGUGAAGGACACCAUCAUGCGAGACCUGAAGGCCGUCGGCAAGAAGUUCGUGCACGUGAUGUACCCCAAGAAGAGCAGCGCGCUCCUGCGCGAUUGGGAUCUCUGGGGGCCCCUGGUUCUGUGCGUGUCGUUGGCCCUGAUGCUGCAGGGGGGCUCAGCGGACAGUAAGGAAGACGGGGGGCCGCAGUUCGCCGAAGUCUUCGUCGUCAUCUGGUUCGGGGCCGUCGUUAUCACCCUCAACUCGAAGCUCCUCGGGGGGACCAUAUCUUUCUUUCAGAGCCUGUGCGUGCUGGGCUACUGCGUGCUGCCCCUGACCGUGGCCCUGCUGCUGUGCCGUCUGCUGGCCCUGGCCGGGCCCGGGGGGACCAGCGCCGCCAUCUUCAUCGUCCGCCUCUUCCUCGUGCUCGCCAUGUUCGCCUGGUCCACUCUCGCAUCCACGGCAUUCCUGGCCGACAGCCAGCCUCCGAACCGGAAGGCCCUCGUCGUCUAUCCCAUCUUCCUCUUCUACUUCGUCAUCAGCUGGAUGAUCCUCACCUUCACGCCGCAGUGACCGGCGGGCCGCCCCGGGGGCCGGGGCUGGGGGGCCCCCGACGCCCCUCGGCCGUCCUCCGCGCGGCGGUGACCCCCCUCCGGCUUCCGGGGGGCCGCGGCAGGCAAGACUGUCUCUGGGAAGGGAAGCGGGGCCUCGCCUCCUCUAGGCCGGGCGCCGCUCCGUUCUCUCAAUCCAGCGGGUUCCUCCGCCGCUCCGGAUUCCGGACCAGCCCCGGCUCCGGAUUAUUGCUCAGGCUGGUAUUGCAGGCAGGGCUUUAGGGCCCCAACUGCCCCCAUGGGUCUUGUGCAGAAGUGGACUCCCCUCGGCGUCUGGCGAAGUGAAGCGGGGAGGGCGGGGGCAUACGAAAGCGGGCACCUUGAGGGACGUGAAAGGGGCCGGCGCGGAUGGGAGCGUCUGUAGCCCCCCACCAAGCGGGCCGGAGCGGGCACGUGUUUGGGCAGAGAGAGCGCACGGGAAACGGUGUCCCAGGAAGUCGAUCGGGGGGGAUAGAGGAGGUUGGCCCCGUCCGUUAUCACCCACCCGGUGACAACCGGAGUCAGGUGGACCAGCCAUGGCCCCGGCCCCUCGGGGGGCUACAUCUACCCAGUGGUCCUCGAAGCCCGGGCGCCCUGGUCCGAACAGCGACACCUCCCCUCCCCAGCUCACGUGCCCACCGCCACCAAAACAGCAGGGAGGCAGAUGGGUCUGGGCAACCUUGGGGUUUGCCGUCUGGGGCCAGACGGAUAAAACUGACCUUUGACCAAAGGAAGAGCCCCCUUCCCUCCCCAUCCUGGGCCGGGGCGGCCGGACCCCACCUCCCCUCCC